AUGGCUGGCCGUCAUUUCCAGAUCUACGUCGACCCAGGCUGCCAGCCUGGCAACGACUCCCCUCAACGACCUGUGUCUCUCCCCAGUAGACCUACGCCCGCCGUAGCAUACAACUGGGACGAUCCUUCAGAAUAUCAAGUCCCGGAAGUUGCUCCAGGGCGGAAUUUUGCAGAGCGGUUAGUUAGGAGUGCCGAGAUGUCGAUCCAGCAGCACGAGCGCGACGUAGCCAUUUUCCGCGUGCUCUGUCCGACAGAGAUCUACUAUAUCGGGACCAUGCUUCUGAAAAUCGUCCAGAAGCUGCACUUGUUGGAGGACGAGCCCGUGCCUCUCCACGCGCUGAUAAGUGAGGCCGAGGAAACCAAAUUCGACGAGCUCAACGACUAUCCCGUGCCUGUGCGCUACUGGGGGUCGAUCCGGGGCAUAAGAGACUACUUCCGCGAGGAAGAGCCUGACGCCCGGUUCCCCGACACUGCUGCUCAUUUUGCGACGCUGCUUCUCCGGCCAGACAAGCGGUACCUUCGCCUGAGAUGGAGCGGCGCCUUCGAGCUCGCAUACGGCAGAUCCGUCCUCGAAAUGGCCACUACCUGGCAGAAGGAACUACCAAAUCUGUUGCAAAUACCGAGCGACGACUGGAUGUUUGGACCUAAUCUUUGA